ACGUGGACGCCUGGGUCUCGAGGCUGCGCGUCCUAACCCAGCAAGCAAGCAAACGUGUGUUUUGAAAUGCGGCUUUCUGUUGAUCUUCAAAUUGUUAUUUGUUUUAGAUAAUUGAUCGUGAUAAAGGCUCAGUAUCUCCAGUAGCUGCGAGAUGCCGUCUCCGAGCAGCAAGCAGCGGCGCCAGGAGACGUGCGCCGGCGGUCUGCUGGAGCACGCGCUGCUGGAGGUGCGGCCGCGGCUGCGCAGCGCCUACUGCUUCCUGCGGCUCUCCGUGGACACCGAGGACCCCACGUUCCGCGUACUGUCGGUGCAGACGCGCGGCGACCGCGGCGGCCUGGAGCUGACCCUCGAGUACCGCGGCCGCGUCUACACGGAGCCGGUGCAGGCCGCCUGCCGGCUGGCGGCGCUCAGCGGCGGCGUGGCGCCCGCCGGACGGUACGCCACGCUGCGCGCCACGCUCGAGCCCGACCAGCGGUGUGGCAGCGCGGCCGCCGAGGUGCUGACGCCGGUCGCCGAGCCGCCGGCGCCGCCGCCGCUCUGGCGGCCCGUGGUGCCCGCCCGGUACCGCGCCGUCUGCCGGCAGUGCGGCGCCACCGCCGUGGACACGCGGUUCCGGCGCGCGCUACCACUCCCCUCAGAGAACUGGCGCGAGAUGCUCGGUAACGUGUUCUGCCACGGUGACGGGGCCGACCGCGACAUGCACGAGCGGGUGCGCGCGCGGCCCGGCGACUGUUUCUACGCGGCCUCUCACGUGGUGCUGUCGGCGGAGGAGGUGCGCUGCGCGGCGGCCGAUAGCCGACUGAGCUGCGCCGAGUGCGCCGCGCCGCUGGGCGAGAAGGUGGAGUUCGGCUCGCGGCUCUGGCACCACCGGCUCACCUGGAGCUGCGGGGGAGAGGAGGAGCUGCGGCUGGCGCCCGACCAGGUGCUGCGCCGACUGCUCGUGCACGGCGCCGCCUCGUGCGACGCGCCGGCCGCCCGCCUGCUGGCCUCGGCGCCCCGGCACGACGACAUACUGCUGUGGCUGAUCGACACGAGCCUGACAGUGCAUCUGAUCAGCCCCGGAAAGGACGGCGAUGGUGGCGUCACCUGUAACGGCGACAGUGGCGUCUCUAGUGACAGUACCGGUAACAACACUAGCACGGCAUCUUCUGGUGACGAUAGCUCCCGCGGUGUAAAUGGUGUCAACGGCAGCAGCACUAACAGUGAUGACGCUUCUCACACGAAUGGUCUCAGUGCCAGUAGCUCUGCUGAGCCGCCGUCCGCGGGCCGGGCGCGGACGGCGGUGAAAAUCCUCUACAGGAGCUGUGACGAGGAGGAAGCCCGCCAGCACCGCGCCGACCUGGCCGUCCAGAGUCUGGAGCUGGACGAGGUGCUGAUGGUCACCCUGCGCGCGGAGCUGGAGCGCUCCCAGCGCUGGUACCCCGAGCCGCAGCGCACCCAGGGACAGGACCGCGUCGGCCUCAUCGUACUGUGAUGCUUUGUCAGCAUGAUUCGCUCUUGUAGUGAAUCCAGGCAGGGGGGGGGGGGAAGGGGCUGAUCACGCGAUUUCGAGGCCUUUGAAAUCGGUGCUUUUCAACAUUCUGUUUUUAUGCUGCCAUGUAUUGUAUGCGGUAUUGAUACUAAUGUUAAAUACAUCGCAAGUUUGUGAUA